ACCAUAGGCCCCGAAAGUUGGACGGUCGGGAUCAAUGUACGCAUACUGUAUCCCAGAGGAUGAGUUGUGAAAGGUGUCAACGGUCCAAAGAGGGGAAAAAAGGGCUCUAAAUGAUGCAUGGCCCACCAACUCCAAAAGCGAAUAAGCCAGCCUGGGUAGAGCUGUGACCAUAACAUCUGAACCUCCUUUCCUUCAAAUCCCAUCAAUCUCUCAUUCUUCUUUCCAUGGCCUCUGAAACCUCCUUCUUCGACUCCUUCCAGAAGAGGAACUUCUUCCCAUCAAUGCCCACAAAACAAUCCCUCCCAAUCUCCCAAUCAGCCCCAGAUGGCCCACCAAAGCAAACCAUGAGGAGAAGGCUCUCUUCUCUCUCCCUCAAGAUCCAGCCCCUCUCAUCAUCCUCCACUUCGUGGGCCUUCAGGAGGUCCAAAUCCAUGUCCGCCAUGGGGGAGUAUGCAGGGAGCUCUUUGAGGAAGUGGUGGGAUUGGGGGUGGACCUGGAUCAUGUCAAGGAGGCCCACCUUCGCCAGAGAUCUUGAGAUGAACGAUGAGGAAUCGAACAUGCUCGGGCGCCACAGCAGAGGGAGCUGGAAGCACGUCUUUUACAAGGUGCGGUCUGAGUUCAGGAGGUUCGUUCGCUCGGACCGUUUGCCCACCACUCAACGGUUCAGAUACGAUUCUUUCAGUUAUGCCCAGAACUUUGAUGAUGGGAAGAGGUGCGAAGGUUAAGUACGAGAGGGUGCGUAGGUUAUGAAUUAUAUAUGGAUUUUUCUUA